ACGCCAGCCCGGCAAGCAAGCGCUGCUCCCGCUGCUCCUUUCCCGGCUCUGCAGAGGCAUUUUUUUUGGGGGGGGGUCUUCCUCCUCCCGCCCCUCGCCUGCCAGCCAGCGAAGACCCGCCUAAAAUGACUUCGGUAUAAAUGCCACAGAAUGGCCUCCAAAGUAACAGAUGCUAUCGUCUGGUACCAGAAAAAGAUUGGGGCUUAUGAUCAACAAAUAUGGGAAAAAUCUGUUGAACAAAGAGAAAUCAAGGGUUUGAGAAACAAGCCAAAGAAAACUGGGCAUGUAAAGCCUGAUCUCAUUGACGUGGAUCUAGUAAGAGGGUCAGCCUUUGCAAAAGCAAAACCGGAAAGUCCUUGGACCUCCCUGACGCGAAAGGGAAUUGUUAGAGUUGUUUUCUUUCCUUUCUUCUUCAACUGGUGGCUACAAGUGACAUCAAAAGUUAUAUUUUCGUGGCUGCUUUUCCUUUAUCUUCUUCAAGUGGCUGCCAUCAUACUCUUCUUCACGAUACAAAGCCCUCAUAACAUACCUCUGACGGAAGUCAUCGGCCCGGCAUGGCUCAUGCUGCUCCUUGGAACGGUGCACUGCCAGAUUGUCUCCACACGGACCCCCAAAUCCUCCACAAACACCGGCGGGAGAAGGAGGAGGAAAUUAAGGAAAGCGGCCCACUUGGAAGUACAUCGCGAAGGGGAUGGCUCUAGCACGACCGAUAACACCCAGGAAGGAACCGUCCAGAGUUAUGGCACCAGCACCUCUUCUAGCCUUGGCGCUGUCUUCAAGGAACUCUGGCACGCUACUUUCUUUUUAUCAGGAGCCAAAAAAGCAAAGAACUCCAUAGACAAAUCCACCGAAACGGACAACGGGUAUGUUUCCCUUGAUGGGAAAAGGACAGGGAGAAACAACGAAGAUGCUUUACAAUCCCACGAACCCCUUUCUGAGGUCAUCCGGUCAGAAGAACCCGGCUGGAAUAUCGGAACUGCCCGAAGUACAUGCAACACUUCGAAUCAUAAAGACAGUCACCGAACAAUGACAAAUAUAUCGGAUGAAGUUUCUAGUGAGGAGGGGCCGGAAACCGGCUACCCUUUACGACGGAAUGCCGAACGCGCUUCCAGCGAUUGUGCGUUUCGAAACAAGAAAUCUCACCAUUAUAAGAAACAUUACCCCAUAGAGGACGUCCCCAAAUCGGGCACCAGCUGCAGCUCGAGGUGCUCAAGUUCCAGGCAAGAUUCCGAAAGCACCAGGCCAGAAUCGGAGACGGAAGACGUCCUGUGGGAGGAUUUUUUGCACUGUGCCGAAUGUCGUUCAUCCUGUACCAGCGAGACCGAUGCCGAGAAUUCUCAGGUCAACUCUUGUAUGAAGAAGGAAUACAGAGACGACCCCUUUCAUCCGGUGAACAAUUACGUUCCAGGAAUCGGCUAUCAGAUUUUUGGCAACGUGGUCUCCUUAAUCCUGGGAUUAACACCGUUCGUAUUUAGACUUUCCCAAGAAAAAGACCUGGAACAUUUAGCUACGCAUACGGCCACCGAACUCUACGCUAUUGCCUUCGGGUCAGAUGGAAACAUAAUGGUGAUCUCCAUGGUCAUCGUGUGCUUCGUAGUGCGUGUUUCCCUGGUGUGGAUAUUCUUCUUCCUUUUAUGCGUGGCUGAGAGGACUUACAAGCAGAGAUUGCUUUUUGCCAAACUUUUUGGUCAUUUAACAUCUGCCAGGAGAGCUCGGAAGUCAGAAGUUCCACAUUUCCGGUUAAAAAAAGUCCAGAAUAUUAAAAUGUGGCUUUCCCUUCGCUCCUAUCUAAAGAGACGAGGCCCUCAACGUUCGGUGGACGUAAUCGUUUCCUCUGCUUUCUUGCUGACCAUUUCUGUGGUAUUCAUCUGCUGCGCACAGCUGCUUCACGUCCAUGCGGUCUUCCUUGACUGCCAUUAUAACUGGGAACUGGUCAUAUGGUGCAUUUCAUUAACCCUUUUCCUUUUGAGAUUUGUGACGCUCGGAUCCGAAACAAGCAAGAAAUACAGCAAUACGUCCAUAUUGCUUACUGAACAGAUAAACUUGUACUUGAAAAUGGAAAAGAAACCGAACAAGAAAGAAGAGCUAACAUUGGUCAACAAUGUCUUAAAACUCGCGACGAAGUUAUUGAAGGAAUUGGAUAAUCCCUUCAGAUUAUACGGAUUAACAAUGAAUCCUCUGCUCUACAAUAUAACACAAGUUGUUAUCCUGUCCGCCGUUUCGGGCGUAAUCAGCGACUUGCUCGGAUUUAACCUAAAGCUUUGGAAGAUCAAAUCCUGACCCUCUUCCAAGACUGUGGAUGCCCACGUUGUGCUGAAGAAGACAACUGAGAAAACUGAACUGCCUCCGCCGCAGCGGAUUCGCAAACUCUUUACGGACAUCCUCGGAGGGAGAGAGAGAGAGAGAGAGAAAAUAUAUAUAUACAAAACCCCAAAGUGUUUACAACUGACAGUCUAGUGCAAUCUGAAUAUUUAUUUUACCUUUUCGAUUUCUUCUUCUUCUUUUUUUUUUUUUUAAGGAAAUGUUCGUUUUAGCUGACAGUGUGUUUGGUCGUGGGUCCUCAACGGGCUUUUGUUGCCGAAAGGGUCAAAAAUAUAUAUGUAUAUAUAUAUAUAUAAAAUAUACAUAUUUUAUAUAUAUAUCUAAAAUGGAACUAUCUCGAUCCUCGAGAUUCUGGUUGUGUGUCCUCUUAAAACGAGUCAAAUUGGCUUCAUGGAUUUGUGAAAGAACGAGGCCACUUUUAAGCUAAAAGUCGUUCUUGUUACAGCAAAGUCGCGCGGAAGUCACUUUAUCGAAUAAAGUAUUACCAAGUAUUUAGAACGUCUUUAUCUACCGCCCUUGAGAAGACGGGCGUCGGCACACCAGCAUAUUGUCCCUUACAGUGGAAAACUACGCUUAACUGUAAUGACAACGCGUUACGCCUGAGAGAGCUAACAGAGAGGAAUAAAACUGUUUUGCAUCAAUGCAAAAAUCCAGCAGCUUUCUUAACUCAAGAGAUUCCAGGAUCCAUAUGGGAACUGUUGUUUGAACAUGAACCAAAUUUCAAUAAGGUGUUACUGAGCAAAUCAACAAGUGCUCUUUCACGAUGUUGUUGUUAUUAUUUUUUUUUAGCUGAGCAAUAAUUGUAAACUGUUACUACACUGUAAGAUAUUUUGAUAAAAAUUAGCUGUAGUAUUUAUUUGAAAACGUGGAGCUGUUUGGCCAGCUCUCUGCCGCUCAGUAUGUGCACUUUUGUGGUUUUAAUAACUAUAUAUAUAUAUA